AUGUUAAUUCACACUUCAGCCAAUAUCGAUAUGAAAUCUAUGGCAAACAAAAAACUAUUCUUUUCUAUACUUCUAUUCAUAAUAUUUCAUUCAACUUUUGGUCGUGAUUUAAAUCAAGACUUUGAAUUAGAAGAUCAAUUGAUUAAUGAUGGCGAUGUAUUAUUACAUAACAAACUCGAUGUUAGAAGUGUUCUUUGGCCAAAAAUUUGCUUCAAAACAUUAUUAAAACGAAGUGUCAAUGAAUAUCCGUCCGAUGAAAAUCAACUGCAUGAACAUAGUCAACAUUUCUCAAAACGAAACCUACGAAAAUGUUAUCCAUUUGACACGACAUGA